AUGGGGAGAAAAGCUGUGAAGGAAGAGAAAUCGGACGGCAUAGAAAUCAUAUCGAUCGGAAAGCUAUACAGCGGUUCAUGGGACAAGAAGUACUGGAGCUCAUCCAGGGGGAAGGACCGGUAUCCUUAUCCUGUCGGAUACAGAUCGUUGAGGACUCAAAAUGGGGUUACUUACACAAUGGAAAUUUUUGAAGGUCUUAAGGGUCCAGCAUUUACGAUUAGUUCCACGGAUGGCAAGUCUUGUUCUGGGGACACACCAGACAUUGCAUGGGAGAGCUUUCAGAAGAAAAGCUUUUCAAAGUUGUGGCAUGGAAAGAGAUCUUCGUCUAAGAUAGACGGAGUCGAGUUUUUUGGAUUCAAAAACACAUUUGUCCAGAGGUUACUGCGGGAGUUGGUAGCGAAUGUUGGUGGGACUGCUGAAGAGGGUUUGUCGCCGUCAAGCUUCCCAAGUGGAAUCUCUGAAACUGUUAAUCAUUUGCAGUGCAAACCGUCAAAUCCUAAUUCUAAUUUGCUGUCAGACAUGGCGAUGCCACAAGUUAAAGGUAAGAGAACCAAGAUCGCAAAAGCUGUUAAUAGUAAAGGCCUCAGUGGGACUAACUUCAAACACCAUCAACAAGAAAAGCACACAAAUGACUUGUGCUCUUCAAAUUAUAAGCAAAGCCAUCAAUGUGGCCGUGAUCCUCCGACUUCAGGUGCCACAAAUGAAGCCUCCGAUAUCAACGGUGGUCCGGCUGUAAUAAGACUUGAAAAGUCAGCUGUCAUAAUUGAAGAUGAGAAAUGCCCAACGAUAGCAGAAAGAGGCAUGCAGAUGGAUUCUGUGGACAUAGUUGAUGACCUCAGAGUUGUAGAUUCACUUCUCCAUGAAGAAAGAAAUCUCAGUAGUUCCGCAAACCAUUCUGGAUUCAAUAUUGGCAACUUGCUCCUGAACCAAGAACCUGUCAAGGGAUUCAAUAGCAUAAUACCAGAAAAGAGAGGUGGAGCAACUAAUCUUCAGCAUGUCUUGUCAAUUGUGCAUGAUGCUGAUAUGUGCAUACCCGACAGUUUGGAUCCUGCUGAAGUGAAUGACCUGCAAGUGCCUGGGGUUGAAAAUGAUUCAAUCAUAAAAGAUGCAGUUAAGGAUGACAUUUUGGUAACUGAAUCGUGUCCAGAAGAUGGAAUAUUCUCAUCUGAAAACUGCACAAGCUCAGAGAAGUGUCAUAUUGAUUCAAUUGGUCAAGAAAUAGCCAAUUCCAUGAUGUCAGUUCUACUUCCUCAAGCUGUUCCUUUGCUCAAGACUUUCACGAGAAAGAAAAAGAAAACUGGAAAGCCUUCAAAUCUCCAAACAAAUAAAUUACAGGAUGAAGAUAGCAUGCCAAAGAUUAGCGUUGAUGGCGCAACCACAGUCUGCGGGCUAGCCGAGCACUCAGAUACAAGAAAGGUUUGUACCAUCUCUGGUGGUCAAGAUUCAGCUGGAAAAUCAGAUUAUGUGGCACCUGAUAGUUUUGAUAAUGAUGAUCCUCAAUCUGUAUUUCCCAAUUCUGAUGCUGCCAAAGCUGAUACUGGGACAGCUGGUGUUAAAUUUGUGACUGCAGCAAAUAUUGGUCCUGCCCCUAUGAAGGAAAUAACUUCAAACUCAAAACGAGCCAGGUUUGAGUGCCAGUCCUUAGAUAAGGUUCCUCCUGCUCAUGCAUCUAUAAUGCAUGGAACUUAUAAAUCAGAAACCAUCAUGGACAAAAAAAUCUCAGAUAUAAGUAUGCCUGAGAAAUCUGAAGCUAGAUUUGCCAAAUUGCGCAAAAACACGGACAUUUGUGGUAGGGAUACUUCAUGUUCAAAGUCAGAAAUCCCAAGUACAAGUGGCUGCCGCAGUCUGCCUGAUUACAAUGAAACUAAAGAUGAUUCUAGAGAGAAUACUCGGCAAAAUAUGGAAUAUUAUAGAAAGUCACUGGGCCAUCUAGAGCUUUUUGCACACUAUAUCCAUCCCAAACCAAUUUCCAUGGUUCAUCUGAUUGUUAAAGAGAAAGAGGUUUUUGUAUGUGUUACAUGUGGAUAUCUGGAGCACAAUGAAAGCACCCUCUUUUUGUACAAAGCCUCAAUGAAUCGAGAGAAGACUAGUUGCCCUACUUUAAUUGGCCAUGCUCCAAUAGCUUUCCGAAUUCCAAAAUCUAAUCUUGGAAAAGAUAGUGCUCCAUAUAGAUCUUCACUGCAGUUAACUCCAGAUGCACAGUAUCUUGUUCUAUUGAACAGCAUUAUUACUCCUUACUGUAGGGAGGGUAAACUGCAUUGCUCGUGUCCAGUUUGUACUUCAGAUUUCUCUGAGAAAAAUGCAGUUAAAAUUUUACGUUUAAACAAGGGAUAUGCCUCCCUUGUGACAAGACUGCAAACAUCUCAAGGUGUAUGCUGUUUAUUGGUCUGUGGGUCUACAGUUCUGGCUGGGGAGGAGGGUGGAAAGCUGAAGCUGUGGGUCAUGAACUCUCGGUGGAGUCAACAGAAAGAAGAUUGUCAUUUACCAACAUUUGACAGCAUGUUUCCUAGUAUUGUGGAGUUGAAGACUAUUCCGAACUCUGAUAGUUUGGUCGUUGGCCACAAUGGCCUAGGGGAAUUUGGCUUAUGGGACAUUAAAAGGCGCAACCUGAUAUCAAAAUUCUCCUCCCCAGGCAUGUUGAUUUCAGGGUUGAUUCCUGUCAGUGCUUUCAGAUGGCAAAGGAAUGGAGAAUGCAAGAUGAAGGCACUAGUGGAUGGAAUCAUGGAUGCCACAAAAACUUCGUUCUUGAAGAGAUUCGAACAUCACAUGUUCUCAUCAGAGGGUAAAGAUGCGACUGUUUGGCUUCUGAUAUCAACCCCUUCUGAUCCGGAUUCUUAUCAAUCAUCCGAAACAGAAGCGAAACUGAGUGAGUGUUGGAGGCUUGCUUUGCUGGUCAACAACACGGUUAUCGCUGGAAGUGAUUUGGAUCAAGGUUCUUGUUGCAGGGCUGCUUCAGUCACACCUAUGGGUCAUGGAAUUAUAGGUAGACCUGAUGGACAGGUUUAUAUGUGGGAACUAUCUACAGGGCUGAAGCUAAGAAACAUACUCUCAUUUAAAGGUAGUGGCACAGUGCCGUGCAUAACUACCGACACAUCCAACUUUGGUGCUUUGGCUGUGACAAGUGAUGGUGAGCUGCUGGUUUAUCUGCCCUCUUGA